GCCCGUAAUCGAGUGCACGACGAAAGAAGGCAGCACUCGAUUGAUGAAGAAACCAAAAUAAGCGUGUACAGUACAGUACAGUACAAUUCAGUAGGCGUCGCGCUGGCCCGAGCGCAAUCGCAAGUGCUCGGCCGAAGCUGUCGAAGCCGCCAAGAGUAGCAUCGAGAUUCCACGCUAUCUGUUCCCGCACCAUCAUCCACUUCCGAUGAGUGGUGGACACCACAAACAUCGGGUAACAGAGAGGAUGCCGUCCCUAACGAUCCGCCCCGCCACAAUAGCGGCCUCAGACGACGAGCUCCUUGUCGAUUUCCAGGACUCGCAGAUCUCGUGGCUCUCGACCGUGGGCAGCGGCGGUCAGUGGGGCACCAAGUCGGUCCGAGAAGCGAACCCAACCGCCUGCGAGAGAACCCGCUCUUGGGUCGAGAGGAGUGAGCAGAACGCGCAAUGGAGCAGCGGUGACUGGUGCCGUGCCUUUGUGGCAGAGGCAGGCAGUGGCACUCCCGUAGCGGGCAUGGUGCUCGAUUCAACGGCGCCCGCAUACGUUCACUCGGUCCUGCCCACGCAGGAUGAGAGCGAUCCGUUUGUCUAUCUGGCCUAUCUCAUGUCGAAUCGCCAUGCUGGCGAGGAGCGCAAAGGCGCUGCGGCGGCACUCCUUGCUUCCGCCAAGGAUCAGGUCCGCAGCGCCGGUCUGACCCGCCUAUGUGUCGACUGUUGGAGGGGCAAUGACCGGAAGCUGGUCCGGUACUACGAGAGCCAGGGGUUCAAGCCUCUUGGAGACUUUACCGUCACGGAAAAGAACGACUGGCCAGGCUGCGUGUUGGAGAUGCGCCUUUGAUGCUAACACGAUCAAGCGAUGAUCAACGUGGCCAAUACACUUGUCUUACAACGCGCUCGUGUAGUGUUUUCAACACUAUAUGCUCAGCUGAUGGCGCAGUUGGGCCCGGGUCAUUCGAUGGUCCAAGGGCAGCGUGGGCGAGCUAUAUCGUCCCGGGUCGAGUUCUUCACUGGCGUAUGACAACUCCCUUGGAAACCAUCGGCUCGACUGAAGUGAGUCCCCAACUCCGUCGACGACUGAGGGCCUACCAAGCACUGUAAUGUCUAAUUUGUAUCAUCGACCCAUCUGCUCAAGCGGGAAACCAUCCGAGGUGCCAGUCAUCGGGCCAUCUGAGAUUAGCGAUAUAAGCUUUCAUCCAGUCGCGAUUCAUUGACGGGAAAGUGCUGUGGCU